AUGCGACCAAAGAACGGAGUGCAGGCGCUGCGCUCGGUACGACCCGAUGUGAGCUGGACGCCCUCAGCGAUGCCAUUCCCUCUCACUGCGAGCCAGCGGCGCGCACACCUGAGACAUGCUGCAGCCUGCAAUGGCACGCGGGAGCCGCUAGGGAUCAGGCGGUCAUCGAAGAUAGACGCUGGGAUGCAAAGCAAUGUGUUUUUGUUUUUAGAAUAUAAACCAGUUUGUAAGAUAGGAGGGGGAACGUUUUCUGAUGUUCUGAAGAUGCUGAGUCUUAGAGAUGGAAAGUACUAUGCAUGUAAAUGCAUGAAACAACAUUUUAAAAGUAUUGAACAAGUGAAUAAUCUGAGUGAAAUACAAGCCCUCAGGAGGUUGAGUCCACAUCCUAAUAUCCUUAAGUUACAUGAAGUUCUGUUUGAUAAAAAAGCUGGCUGCCUUUCACUGAUAUGUGAACUUAUGGAUAUGAAUAUUUAUGAGCUGAUAAAAGGACGGAGAAAACCAUUACCUGAAAAAAAAAUAAAGAACUACAUGUACCAGUUAUGCAAAUCUCUUGAUCACAUACAUAGAAAUGGAAUAUUUCACAGAGAUGUGAAAACAGAAAACAUAUUAAUAAAGCAGAAUACCCUGAAGUUAGCAGAUUUUGGAUCUUGUAGGACGAUAUAUUCUAAGCAGCCAUACACAGAAUAUAUCUCCACACGCUGGUACCGAGCACCUGAAUGCUUGCUUACAAAUGGCUACUAUAGCUACAAAAUGGAUAUAUGGAGUGCUGGCUGUGUUUUCUAUGAAAUCACAAGUUUUCAGCCUCUCUUUCCUGGAUCUAAUGAUCUGGACCAAAUUUCAAAAAUCCAUGAUGUGAUAGGCACUCCUGCCAACAGAACUCUCAACAAGUUCAAGCAGUCAACAAUUUUGAAUUUUCAUUUCCCUUUUAAAAAAGGAAAAGGGAUACCUCCUCCGGUGCACAAUUUAUCUGCUAAAGGAUUAACUCUUCUGUAUGCUAUGAUAAAAUACGACCCUGAUGAGAGAAUUGCUGCCCAUCAAGCAUUGCAGCAUCCUUAUUUUCAGGAGCUCUGGGCAGAUGAUACACAAGCGUUGGCCACGCACAAAAAAGUAAGAUUACUAGAAAAUACAGUAGGGCAAGUACCUCUGCAUUUGUGGCAAAUUUCAAAGGGAAGUCAAGGAGAGCAUUCUCUUAGUAAAGUCCAGGAUAAAGCAAAAUGUCAGCACGGACUUCCUUGUGGAGAACUACCAAUGUUAAGACCUUCUGGAGCAGCUAACUUGCCUUCCCCUCCUACACCUACUUCACAUUCAGUUUUUCCUGCAGCUAAGAAAAGUGGUGCAACCUCUGUGCUGCAGUCUGUUAGAUUUAUUGGAUCAAAUAUGAAGGUACAGAUUCUCACUUGCUCAUUAAAGUAUAACAAUAUGUUUUAUGGAGCAUAUUUUAAACUUCUGUUGUUUCUUCAACAGUCUGAGAAACAGAAGACUCUUAAGUCUUCCCUAAAACAUUACCACUUACCUGCUAUAGAACGAAGAGGAGAAGGUUACUGGCCAUUUUAAGGUAUUGAGAAUGUGAAGAAAAACAAGAGUGUGCAGUGAUCACUGUUAGAGAUCCAACAAGAACAACAGUGCUUUAUUUUGUGUUUUUCUGACAAUUGUCAGAAACCCCCCAGAGCUAUACAGGGCUGCUUACCUAAUGCUUUGGUGUUCUGCUACCGAAGGUGAUUGAUGUUUAAUUAAACACUCUACAUUGGACUUUCUAAAUAUAUAUAUUUUUUCCUUUUAGAACCCGAUGGAAGAAGGGAUGGGUUAAAAAUAACAUGAGAGGAUUUGUUGAGGUUCAGUAUUAGGAAUGGAACGUU